UAGAAAUCAGAUUGCUUAUGUAUCUUUUUAAAAAUCAGUUAUGCCAACAUAGUUCUCUGUAGUUCUUGAAUUUCCUUAAAGUUAGUCAGCAAACAUUUAUUGAGAAAUUUCUCUGUAUAGAGCACAUAGCAAUUGUAACUGAAGUAUUAGAGGGCAGACUUUGGGAGGCAGUAGGAUGAACUGGUAAAAUCCACUUGAAAAAAAUUAGACUAGAAAUGUAGACAUCAGAGAUUGGUGGAAAGUAACAGUUGAAAUCCAUUCUUGGUAGUAUUCAUAGCAGGCUCACCUCAGCUGGUGGCUGCUGAAAUUGGUUGAAGACAGAGUUAAAAAAAAAAGGCAUCACUUUAAGAAGUGGGAUCCAGCAAAGUUUGCCAAGAAAAACAUAUUCAUAGAAUUUGAUUUAGUAAUCUCCUUAGAGAAUAUCUUAGUAGUGAAUGCUAAAUAAAGGAGAGGUUUUUUGUUGUUGUUGUUUUAAAAUAGAAAUGGAUGACCAGAAAGAUAAUGUGACUUGGCCAAAGUCCUAAGUCUUGAUGCCAGGACUUGACCUUCAACUAGUGAUUGCUGGUGUGAAGCUUUCCACAGGGUACCAUUGACUCUCAACACCAUCAUCUUUGAGCAAGUGCCUGGCAAUACUUUAUUUUGGCAACAUUUUGCAGUGCAAAGACUGUCCUGUCUCCUGUUGUUUCCUUUGCCCUUCCCUAAACUGGGGGAUUUCUGUUUGCUUCAGAAUGCUGUGAUUCUGCAUUCAUAGUUGGAAGCCUUUCUCUUUCUUCCUUUUCAUUUGUAUGUUUACAAUAGCUAUUAGACCAAUUACUUCAGCAUUCUUUGCCAAAUAAAGUUACCAUUGGAAAUAAGUAUUAUGAGACCUCCCAGAAAUUCCUUUUUGAGAGUCAAGCUUUAGGGUGCCUUGUACUCUAUUUUGUCAUUUCUGUAAAACAAGUUUCCUUAAAGUGAAGAAUACCUGAAAAUAAGUACAAGGAGAGAAGCAGUGUAUUCUGAGUUAGUUUGAUUUCUUUAGAAAGAAUCACAGAUAACGUGAUUGUCACUAGCGUUGUUAGCGUUCUCCAUGAUUUAAUGUUAUUUAUGCUACCGUAAUAUAAGCAGAUUUCAAUUGAAGUAUUUUUUUAGGAUUGAGGACUUUGGGAAAGAUGCAUUGCAUUUCUUGCUUGGGAGGAAACUUCCAAAAGCUAUCGUAGUCCUUAUUAUGCAUGAAACCUUGACUGUUACUGGUGUGCCAUGAGAUAGGCCAAAAUUUUUCUUGUUUUCCAUCUUUGUUGUUCAUAGCAUAAGGGGUAAGAUAAAUAAAGUCUUCCUUUUACACAUGGGGGAAAUGACGCGAGUUAAAGUAUAACGAUCAUGGUAUUUGUGAUAUAUGUUGCUAUUAGAGUAUGAUUUAGAGCCGUACUGUCCAGUGUGGUAGCUACUAGCCACAUGUGGCUCCCUAAGCACUUGAACUGGUGUUAGUCCGAAUUGAGAUGUGCUCCAAGUGUGAAAUACACACUGGAUAUUGAAGACCUAGUAUGAAAAAGAUCUCAUUGACACUUAAAAAAUGACUUUUUUUUUUUUUUGCGGUACGCGGGCCUCUCACUGCUGUGGCCUCUCCCGUUGCGGAGCACAGGCUCCGGACGCGCAGGCUCAACGGCCAUGGCUCACGGGCCUAGCCGCUCCACGGCAUGUGGGAUCCUCCCGACCGGGGCACGAACCUGUGUCCCCUGCAUCGGCAGGCGGAUUCUCAACCACUGCGCCACCAAGGGAAGCCCAAAAAAUGACUAUUUUUAAACCACAAAAACUGUUUUCAUCUUGAAAUAAUACUUUUUGAUGUAUUGGGUUAAAUAAAGCAUAUUAUCAAAAUUAAUUUAAAAUUUAUUUUAAUGUGGCUACUAGAAAAUUUAGAAUUAUAUAUGUGGUUCCUAUUUCUAUUGGACAGCACUGAUCAAGAGUAUAAAAUGGUUGCUAGGAUUACAACUUAGUAUUCUCUGACUUGUACAAUAUGAAAUUUGGAGACAAUAUAUGAAGUAGAAUUAUGAUACAGCAUGUACAUGCAGAUUACUUUGAUAUAUUUAAAUUUGUUUGCAUUUUGGAAAACUAUCAAGUAUUGCCAACAAUUAAAACCAGAGUUAUAGCAGUUGUUCCUGGGCUGUCAAUGAGACUUAAAAGUGCAGAACGGAGGAAUUAUGAAUCACUGCCAACUGUAGGUGUGGCCACUGCAUACUCACCAGGUUGAGAAGGAAUCCCAGGCAGCUGUAGAGUGUGCAGCACUGAGGAGGAGGGCUGGGGAAAGUUUCCUUAAGGUUGGUUUCUGAAAGGGCUUUUGCUCAGCUCCAGGUCUUACUCCUCUUUCUGGCCAGAUGGUGCAUGUGUGGUACAGAUAAAUCUGACCCAAGUGUGGUUUACCUCUGAGUUCAGAAUUGGCUGAAAAUGACUUAAGUAGGUGGGUUUAUGAGGCAGUAAGUGCUUAGAAUUUACUAGGUUUUGUUGAAUUAAAUAGAUGGUUCCUGUGAAACAGGAACUACUUAUAAUCUUCAUUUUACACCCAAGAACAAGUUGGUAGAGUGGCAAGGAGGGUAUCUUGCCUUUUAAGAUUUAUGACCACUCAUAUCCUUACUCUUCAAAGCUAUUUUUCACAUUGGAUACUUAGCUGAGAACUUCCAUCAUUUUAGAAGUUUGACUGCUAAAUAAGAUGUAUGUGGUUUUUAGCUUUAAUAUUUAAAAAUAUUAUUUUCUUAUGUUGUGUGUUCCUUAAUAUUUGAGCUGGGGUGAAAAAAUUCAUUGGAUUUUGUAUUACAGUUCUGUCUUGAUUUUGUAGAUUUCUUGCUUAACCUCAGAAGUUUUACAGAAUAUGGUUUCUAGUUUUAGGGUUUCUGAACUACAAGUGUUACUAGGCUUUGCCGGAAGGAAUAAAAGUGGACGCAAGCAUGACCUCCUGAUGAGGGCGUUGCAUUUAUUGAAGAGCGGCUGCAGCCCUGCGGUUCAGAUUAAAAUCAGAGAAUUGUAUAGACGCCGAUACCCACGGACUCUUGAAGGCCUUUCUGAUUUAUCCACAAUCAAAUCAUCGGUUUUCAGUUUGGAUGGUAGCUCCUCACCUGUAGAACCUGACUUGGCUGUGGCUGGAAUCCACUCGUUGCCUUCCACUUCAGUUACACCUCACUCGCCGUCCUCUCCUGUUGGUUCUGUGCUGCUUCAAGAUACUAAACCCACGUUUGAGAUGCAGCAGCCAUCUCCCCCAAUCCCUCCUGUUCAUCCUGAUGUGCAGUUAAAAAACUUACCCUUUUAUGAUGUCCUUGAUGUUCUCAUCAAGCCCACGAGUUUAGUUCAAAGCAGUAUUCAACGGUUUCAAGAGAAGUUUUUUAUUUUUGCUCUGACACCUCAACAAGUUAGAGAGAUAUGCAUAUCCAGGGAUUUUUUGCCAGGUGGUAGGAGAGAUUAUACAGUCCAAGUUCAGUUGAGACUUUGCCUGGCAGAGACGAGUUGCCCUCAAGAAGAUAACUAUCCCAAUAGUCUCUGUAUAAAAGUAAAUGGGAAGCUGUUUCCUUUGCCUGGCUAUGCACCACCACCUAAAAAUGGGAUUGAGCAGAAGCGCCCUGGACGCCCUUUGAAUAUUACAUCUUUAGUUAGAUUAUCCUCAGCUGUGCCAAACCAGAUUUCCAUUUCUUGGGCGUCAGAAAUUGGAAAGAAUUACUCCAUGUCUGUAUAUCUUGUACGACAGCUCACAUCAGCCAUGUUAUUACAGAGAUUAAAAAUGAAAGGUAUUAGAAACCCUGAUCAUUCCAGAGCACUAAUUAAAGAAAAACUUACUGCGGAUCCUGAUAGUGAAAUUGCUACCACUAGCCUUCGGGUGUCCUUGAUGUGCCCUUUAGGAAAAAUGAGGCUGACAAUCCCAUGCCGUGCAGUGACUUGUACACAUCUACAGUGCUUUGAUGCUGCCCUUUAUCUGCAAAUGAAUGAGAAGAAGCCCACCUGGAUUUGUCCUGUGUGUGACAAAAAAGCUGCCUAUGAAAGUCUAAUUUUAGAUGGGCUUUUUAUGGAAAUUCUCAAUGACUGUUCUGAUGUGGAUGAGAUCAAAUUCCAAGAAGAUGGUUCUUGGUGCCCAAUGAGACCGAAGAAAGAAGCUAUGAAAGUAUCCAGCCAACCAUGUACAAAAAUAGAAACUGCAGGUGUCCUCAGUAAGCCUUGUUCAGUGACUGUAGCCAAUGAGGCAAGCAAGAAGAAAGUGGAUGUCAUUGACCUAACAAUAGAAAGCUCUUCUGAUGAAGAGGAAGACCCUCCUGCCAAAAGGAAAUGCAUCUUUAUGUCAGAAACACAAAGCAGCCCAACCAAAGGGGUUCUCAUGUAUCAGCCAUCUUCUGUAAGGGUGCCCAGUGUGACUUCGGUUGAUCCUGCUGCUAUUCCGCCUUCAUUAACAGACUACUCAGUACCAUUCCACCACACGCCAAUAUCAAGCAUGUCAUCAGAUUUGCCAGGUUUGGAUUUUCUUUCCCUUAUUCCAGUUGAUCCCCAGCAGUACUGUCCUCCUAUGUUUUUGGAUAGUCUCACCUCACCCUUAACAGCAAGCAGUACGUCUGUCACCACCACCAGCCCCCAUGAAAGCAGUACUCAUGUUAGUUCAUCCAGCAGCAGGAGUGAUACAGGGGUCAUAACCAGCAGUGGAAGUAACAUUCCUGACAUCAUCUCAUUGGACUAAAGGAGGACUCACUCGAUUCUAGGAAUCAUUCAUUAAAACUGCUGUUUCUUGGAUCUCUGGUCCGUGGAAGCUAUUUUUUUGGUAACGAUUACUUUGAUAUUUAUUGAAGUGUCAAAUGGAUUCUUUUGCCUUCUGAGAGAUGAACACAGAUGACUGCAGCAAGAACCACAUGACAUGCAAGGAUUUUUCUUAUUCAUGCUGUACUCUGAGCAUCAGAUACAUUCAGCUGUAACUGCAUCUUCUUGAGAGAUGGAUUUCAAUUUCAUAUGAUACUGGUUGGAUUCUACAAAUCAGUUAAAAUUUUUUUUGUUGUAAUAAACAGCAAUAAAGUUAUGUAAAUAUUCAAGUAAACUUUUUUCUAAUUAAAAAAAGAUGUAAUCAGUGAUUCUGAAAUGACAAGUUUUGUUUAAUCUGAUGUGAAGGAAAAAUAUAUGGAAAGAAGUUACGUUUGCCGAAUGAGCCCUUUCCGUGGAGAUUUGUUUUAUUUCGUUGAAGUAAUGAAGUCUUGAUAAGUGGCCAAAGCUUGGGUUCCACUUUUCUUCCUGCAGUUCCACUUUUCUCCCCGAUUCCAUCAAAGAAAAAUGGCCUUUGUGUUAAGCAUUUUCCCCUGGUUGUUGUUUACACUUUGGUAUUGUGUGCUGAUGAAUACAGAGUGAAGUUCUGGGAUUUGGCUUUUCUUUAUUAUUAGUGAUUAUGUUGAAGAAACCCUAUGCAGAGUCUUCCCUGAUGUAAUGUGUGUUAUUUUGGUAAUCAUACAGUCUUAUUCUAGAGGUUUCUAUAAAUUGGGGGCUUACCUUCUCAAAAAAAAUUCCCUGCAGCCAUCAAAUGAAAUGUUUUUAGAUUAAGGUGUGGGCUGGAAUGUUUGUUAGAAUUUUGUUCACACUGUCUAGAAAUAUUGAGAGGUUGGAGGCAGUGGAAGAACAGAUUUAGGGGCGGUGGGAAUAGCAAAGUUUAAUUUCUUCCUAAGAACUUCUUUUGCUCGUUUAUUUUACAGGAUAAUGUACAGAUCUGUGUUGAAACUUUUCAGUUUAGUAACACUGACAAAGAAAAUAUGUUUUAGAUCUCAUUUUUCUCAUAGCAGUGAUUUUCAAACUUAAAGAACAAACAGUAGCAAGGGGAUGGGGAUGGCAUCAGAUUUCCCUUUCCUUUUUUUAAAAGGAAAUCUUUCCUGAAGCCACAAAAGACAAAACAGAAUUAGAAAUGUUUGAAUAUAAGAAAGGUUUGAAGAGGAGAGGAUGGGCCUGAAACCCACUUUGAAAACCACUCUCUUACUGUGUGUUUGGUUUUAAAAUCUCUCAGAAAACUGUUUUACCCUUAGAGAAACAUUUUUAUCCAAAUUUUAUACUUUGCUUUCAUUUGGCUGCAGAAUUUUAAGUUCUGAAGGACUUACUACUUCCCUAAUAUUUAGCUUUCUCUUCUUAAGCUGUAUCUACUUUAAAAAUAAACCUGUGUUAAAAAUGAUUAAUCUAACUGAUUUCUGAAGCUGAAGUGCCCAGAUGAAGAGUCCACCAAUUUCAGUUCGGAUAGGGAACAAUCUGGGUUGGUGCAACUCCAGGGAGCUGACUGGUCACUGCUUGGUUUUUCACACCUUCUCAAGUUCUCAUGCCGCACCCCCCCCCCCCCGCACCCCCCCCCGCCCCUGUGCUCUUUUUGUACUCAUUUAAUUUCUUGUGAUUUUCUACAUCAUCCCUUCUUUGGCUGCAUUAUCCCCUUAAUGUAUUAUCCCUUUUGGAGAGUUAUAAGCAUGGAAAACGAACCUGAAUCUUCUUGCAGUAGUUGCAUCAUAGUUGCCAGUUUUACCUUCUUCGUCCACGUUACAGUCCUUUGGUCCAGAUACAGAAUUUCUUCCUAGUAAAAUUUUAUGUUGCUGCUCUAAAUAUGGAUGCAAGUUCUGUUAACUCUGUGAUCAGAUAGAAAAAAUAACCUGAUUUGUGUGGUAUAAUUUGUUAAUAAAGAAAUGCUGUAUAUUUGUUACCAUUUUGUUACCCUUUAGAUGCUCAGAGACCCUCCCCUCCCCAGUUUAACCAACAGUUUUAUCAGGUAAAUGAAAAGAAUUAAUAGAAAUUAGUUUAUUUACUUGGUUCUUGUAAAUGGUACCUCUGUGCUUUUAUAGUUGUGCUUUGUUUCCUUUUCACUGUUUUAUGUGAACAGUUUUAUUGUUCAUUUUUGGUGCUUUACACUGAAUUACAUAAAUUUUUAAUUUAUCUCAUACAGGCGACUAACAUUUUUUAAAAUAUACUUUUAAGUUUAUAAUCUUAAAAUUGAGACUUUUGUGUAUGUAUAUUUGAAGGUGAGUACUUUUCUUUAUGCUUUUGGCCCUGUGACAACAACAUGCUUAUUAAGCCACUGUCCUUUUUUUAGAAUGGUCACUAAAUAUUUUUUAUUGAGGCUCUGAUUUUGUAGCAGUUUCUUUUACUAGUCCAGAUAUCUGCUCAACCAAGUAUAAUUCAGUCUCAGAGGAGGUCAUCUAUAGCUGUUACUUAGAUGUCAGCCAACCAGUGACUAUGUUUAAGGAAAGGAACUGCAGUUAUUAGUCUCUUACAAACACUUAGCCAACCUGUAUUUUUAUCUUUAUUCACAUAGAAAUGUUAAAGGAUUUCCUUGCUUUGGUAACUCGUGACAAUGUAAUGGGUGCUGAAUGUAGCUUCACACCUAAGGUCUGCUUACAUUCACUGACUUUCUGACCCUUAGGUGAGCCGCUUUAGGAUUCUGUUUCCAUUUCUGCCCAGAAGGUAUAAAUUCUUUGCAUCUGUCAUGGAAUAAUUAUAAAGGCCAAACAAAACAGUAGAAUCAGGAAAGCUAGAAUGAAAAUCAUGAUUUGGGGAAAGAGUGUGAGUAUAAAUAAGGAGAUCCAUAACUCUUGGUAUAAAACAAGUUUCCAUAGGGUAGACACUUAAAGAAUUUGAAGAAAGGUAAGAUGUUGGAUUUUAAAUGAAUGAUAUUCAACAGAGACUAUUCUGACUUUGGAUUCUGACCUUUGAACCAUUCUGCCUUCAGACGAGUCUUGGACAUCCGUCAUUUAGUAACUGAGUUGUCUGCUUUUCUUCUGCCAAAAAAGUAUUUAUUGUUACAUUUUGUCUUUUUAAGUAAAGUUGAAUUUUAUAAAGCA